GUACAACAAGUGGAUGUUUUCCGACGACGACGUCGUAUUCCCGUUUCCUCUCUUCACCACCAGCCUGCACAUGCUCGUCCAAUUUACCUUCUCCUCCCUGCUCCUUUGGCUUAUACCCUCCCUCCGCCCCAAGCCACCCACCGCAUCCACGCCGUCUGGGUCGCCCGUCUCCGAACAUGAGGCGUUGGAGCCCCGACCGGUCAUCACCAAGUUCUUCUACCUUACACGUCUCGUUCCCUGCGGUGCAGCGACCUCUCUCGAUAUCGGUCUGGGGAACAUGUCCCUGAAGUUCAUCUCCCUCACGUUUCUGACCAUGUGCAAAUCGUCCGCCUUGGCUUUCGUGCUUCUGUUCGCCUUUGUUUUCCGCCUGGAGACUCCGUCUGUCAGGCUCAUCAUCAUCAUUGCCACGAUGACGGUGGGUGUGGUCAUGAUGGUCGCAGGCGAGACCGCAUUCAAUGCGCUAGGCUUCAUCCUGGUCAUCGCGUCUGCGUUCUUCUCAGGCUUCCGAUGGGGUCUCACCCAAAUCCUCCUUCUCCGCCACCCUGCGACGGCGAACCCCUUCUCCACGCUGUUCUUUCUCACCCCGGUGAUGUUUUUCUCGCUGAUCGUGAUUGCGCUGGCGGUAGAAGGCCCGUCGGAAAUCAUCACCGGAUUCCAGGCUCUGGCCGACGCCCGUGGUGGCAUGUUCGCCGUCUUCCUUCUGAUCUUCCCCGGCAUACUGGCUUUCUGUAUGAUCUCCUCUGAGUUUGCGCUGCUCAAGCGCUCUUCGGUAGUGACGCUGAGCAUCUGCGGCAUCUUCAAGGAGGUCGUCACGAUCAGUGCCGCAGGGGUGAUCUUCCACGACCAGCUCACUGUGGUCAACAUCACGGGCUUGGUCGUCACGAUCGGCAGCAUCGCAUCCUACAAUUACAUGAAAAUCGCCAAAAUGCGUGCAGACGCCCAGAAGGGCUCGUGGACGCGGAGCCCGAACCUCGAUUCCGAGACGGACGACUCGGAUCCAUCCGGUGAGCGCGGCGAAUACCGCCGGAUCAACCCGGAAACAAGCAUGUUCCAAAAUCCCGACAUCCACGGCGAUGAGGAUGAUGUGAAUAUCACGGGCGAUGGCUUGACCGCGGGCGGUCGGCGUUCAUUCCGGGUGCGUGCCAGCGGAGCCAGCAACACGCUGGGACUCAGCAUCAACACCACCAAUCUGAGCGAUCACGAAACAUCCUUGUCCCCACGAGUCACCGGUCCUGCUCCCUUGCGCUCUGCACCUCCGGUCAUCACCUCCCUCGAGACCGAGCUGAACAAGGCGGGUCGGGCCCCGAACUACGGAAGCAGCCUCCAGACGUCCCCGAACGGGGAUCCCCGGGGCAAGGGCGGUCGGCCAGUUAAAAAAAAAAAACGGUCCAGGCUUGAUGUCUCGCGCCCCUCGGCUCUGGAAACCGCUGGCAUGGUCUAAGCCGAGAUUCCUCCUUUUCCUUUAUCCUGAGAUCUCUCUUGUCGGGUUGAAAGCAGCAUGGCAUCAGCGUUCGAGUUCCCCCUCUUCCUCCGAUUGUCCGUUUGACUUGAUUUGUUUCUUCUUUUCAUUUAUAUUGGCGGUUCUUGUCAGACGUGCCCGGCUGGGGGCACGUCUGAAGUGGAGUACAUUGGGCGUCCCCGCACAUAUUGAUCGGCAGACACGCGUGCUUGUCUGCUAUAGACAGUGAUUUACCAUCGAGUGAUACCAUGUUAUCUAUCUCUUAGCUCGCCGAAUAGAGCUUAAUCGCAUCUUGCUGUUAGAUGAUGCUUGUACCUGGUUGGUGUGAAUGGGUGGGUUGUAGUGGAGAGAAUUGGCGUGUAAUCGAGUCUAGAUGUAUUUUCUAGUGAGUAAGAUAUACAUAGGAUGGUG